UGGCAGCGGAGGGUUUACUCCGAGGGGCCAGAGCUAUAGGGCACGGAGCGGGAUCUCCGGUGAGCAUAGUUCCCGCCGUUCCGCACCUCGAGCCACCGAACGCGCCCGGCGGGACCGGUUCCAGGGCCGAUCGGGUCGACCAUGGGACUUUGCAAGUGUCCCAAGAGGAAGGUGACCAACCUGUUCUGCUUCGAACACCGGGUCAACGUCUGCGAGCACUGCCUGGUGGCCAACCACUCCAAGUGCAUCAUCCAGUCCUACCUGCAGUGGCUCCAAGACAGUGACUACAACCCCAAUUGCCGCCUGUGCAGCUUGCCCCUGACCAGCCGGGAGACAGUCCGCCUCAUCUGCUAUGACCUCUUCCACUGGGCCUGCCUCAAUGAGUGUGCCUCCCAGCUACCCAGAAACACAGCCCCUGCCGGCUACCAGUGCCCCAACUGCAAUGGGCCCAUCUUCCCACCCUCCAACCUGGCUGGCCCCGUCGCCUCCGCCCUGAGAGAGAAGCUGACCAUGGUCAACUGGGCCCGGGCCGGACUGGGCCUUCCUCUGAUCGACGAAGUGGCGAGCCCAGAGUCUGAGCCCCUCAAUACCUCUGACUACUCCGACUGGUCCAGUUUCAGCGCCAGCGGGACCCCUGCACAAGAGGACGUAGCCAGUGCCUCCGCUGCCCCAGCCUUCUAUAGCCAGGCCCCCCGGCCCCCGGCCACCCCUGGCCAGUUGGAGCAGCACACGGUGAUCCACGUGGGCGGGCCUGAGUCCAUGACCCACGCCUCCACCCCGAGAAAGGUGUAUGACACGAGGGAAGACAACCUGGGCCCCGGCCUCGACGGGGACUGUGACGACGACAAGUACCGCCGCCGGCCUGCUCUGGGCUGGCUGGCGCAGCUGCUCAGGAGCCGGGCCGGGCCUCGCAAGCGGCCGCUGACCUUACUGCAGCGGGCCGGGCUGCUGCUCCUGUUGGGGCUGCUGGGCUUCCUGGCCCUCCUGGCCCUCCUGUCACGCCUGGGCCGGGCCGCAGCUGAUAGCGACCCCAACCUGGACCCGCUCAUGAACCCCCACAUCCGGGUGGGGCCCUCCUGAGCUCGCAGCGGCAGCCUGGGACCUGGGGGCCAAAGACGGGGAGGCCUGAGGCCCACCCCACCCUCCCACAGCCCAAGACACUAGGAACCCAGGCCCCAAGCCGAGUCCACAGCCCCAGAGGGGCUGCAAGCGGCACCUGGGGUCCUCGCAGCUCAAGGCCUUGUCAUGACCCGCUUCCCCUGGCCCCUCCAGCCUCCCGUCCCGCCUGUGAAGGAGCUGACAGGUGGAAAUAAAUGACAGACUUUAUUACGA